GUCUGCGCAAUCAAAUGCAGCCAAUAGUCGCCGUGUGUUGUGUUGUGGUGCGUGUUAUGACUCGUCGCUCCUGCGACUGACCACACACGUGCAACCGGUAUUACUUAAAAUUAUCGAAAUGUUGGCGUUGUUAAGGAAUUUGUCACUUGUGUGGCGGCCGCCGGCGAGAAUCACUUCGCAGAUGACUCUCUGUUCGAUACCUUCGAAGCUCCUAGGCGGCGAGUACGACAUGGCCAUGUCCGUUGAGACGAACGACAUGAGAGCGCUCUACUUGGAUGCCCAAGCGACCACGCCCCUGGACCCACGCGUUCUUGACGCUAUGUUGCCGUACUUUAUCAACAACUACGGAAAUCCGCACUCUCGUACACACGCGUACGGCUGGGAAAGUGAGGCGGCCGUCGAAAAGGCGAGAGGCCAAGUCGCGGCUCUCAUCGGCGCGCAGCCCAAAGAGAUCAUAUUCACCAGCGGCGCCACUGAAUCAAACAACAUAAGCAUAAAGGGCGUCAGUCGUUUCUACGCCGAGAAAAAGAAGCACAUCGUGACGACGCAGACGGAGCACAAGUGCGUGCUCGACUCCUGCCGCGCCAUGGAGGCCGAAGGCUUCGACGUCACCUACCUGCCGGUGAACCGCAACGGCCUCGUGGACGUCAAGCAGCUCGAAGACGCCAUCCGACCGGACACGGCACUCGUGUCGGUGAUGACGGUCAACAACGAGAUCGGCGUCACGCAGCCGAUCGCCGAGAUCGGCGCUGUCUGCCGGAAGCACAGGGUCUUCUUCCACACGGACGCCGCUCAAGCCGUUGGGAAGAUCCGGGUCGACGUCGAAGACAUGAUGGUAGACCUCAUGUCCAUCAGCGGCCACAAGAUAUACGGCCCCAAGGGAGUCGGCGCCCUCUACCUGCGCCGCAGACCUCGCGUUCGCGUCGAAGCGCUGCAGAGCGGCGGGGGCCAGGAACGGGGCAUCCGAAGCGGCACCGUGCCGACGCCGCUCGCCGUCGGGCUGGGAGCCGCUUGCGAGAUCGCCGUAGACGAGAUGGAGUACGACCACCGGCACGUGAGCCGGCUCUCCGACCUAUUAGUCGCACUCAUCACCAGCGAGCUGACGCACGUCGUGCGAAACGGCGAUCCUCAGCGCUCGUACCCAGGCUGCGUGAACCUGUCCUUCGCCUGCGUCGAAGGCGAGAGCCUUCUUAUGGCUAUGAAGGACGUGGCGCUGUCAUCCGGUUCGGCCUGCACUUCGGCGUCGUUAGAGCCGUCGUACGUGCUACGAGCCAUCGGAGCUGACGAGGACUUGGCGCACUCGUCGAUACGCUUCGGCCUGGGCCGCUUCACGUCCGAGGAAGAAGUGGUCUACACUGCGCGCAAGUGCAUCAAGGAGGUCAAGAAACUGCGCGAGAUGAGCCCACUCUGGGAGAUGGUCCAGGAAGGCGUUGACCUAAAGUCGAUCCAGUGGACGCAGCACUGAGACGCCUGCGCUUCUUUGGACUGAGGUGGAAGCUUCAGAAAGAGCAAAAUUAGGCGGACAUGCAUUGAAGACGUAGAAAUGUGCUAUGGUAACGUGUGACGCCACUUGCUCAUUCAGCAAGGCCUGUAAUGUGAAUAGUGGUGGUCUUGAAGUGCUCUACAGGGUGGUCCCCUAGUUUACUGUGGACUUGCCGAGUCUUGUUACUGAAGUAGCCACCAGUGACAUUGUUAGGGAUCUCUGUAUAGCAGUAUCUCCUGUUGCCAUAGGCCUGCAAUGCUGUAUUGCAACUGUAUGCAUUAGAUGCACAGCCUGGCUGCAAAACUAGUAUGUACAAAGCAGCUACAAGAACUGUGUGUUAAACAAAGGAUUAAAAUGUGUAGUGCUCUUCCCAUCAGAUCUGUUCUUGAGUGUAAGAGCGGGAAAAUGCACAACAUUGUAUCGCAUUACGUAGCCACUACUGGUAAUUUUUUCAAUCUUAUUUGAGAACCACAGAAACAGUUGAAGUACCAGAGUAUCAUACGAUACACACUUAAAUGAAAAGGCUCUUUGCAAAAACAUGACAUGAAUAUUUAAAGCACUAUAGCUCUUUCUGGAAGUGCACUUAAGCAAGCCUGUCUUACAGAUGUAAUGCUCCACUUACCAGAGCAAACAGCUGCCCACUCAGUACAGGUUUAGCUAUAUGCGCAAGCUUCAGUAUUCUAGAAAGGCAAAUUUUCUAUGGUAUUUGAACGUAGGCUGUGUCUUGUAAUGUAGUUUCUGAAUCACACUUGUGUAGAGUGGCCCAUUGGCUGCUUGCCUUGUCAUUAUUUUGCAAAAAUAUGCAGAGACCAAUGCCUAAUGAUAUCAAACAUAGUAAUACAGCAUGCUAGGUUCUUGUGCUACAAAUCAAGCUUGAAUGGAAGCUUGUAGCUACUGGCACCCAAAACCACACGCCUGACCGCUGUACACAAGUGUGACUCAGACUGUACAUAUUUCACUGUUAUGUCAGCAGCUCAGCUGUGAUACGUUGUGAUGCUAGUCUGUGUUUGCAUUUCAGUGUGUUUUGGCAGAAAUGAAAGAGCCGUGAACGAAUUUCGUUCGUAUGUACAGUGUAGCUGAAAGUUCAUUUCUCAUUAAACAUUCAUGUAAAGUAUAUUACAUAGUGUGUACACGUAAUUGUAAAUGUUCACUCCAAUAGAGUGCUCUGAGCAUUUGUAGAGUGAGUGCAGCAGAAAGUGUGAGACAAUUUUGAUGUGUCCUAACCUGUGAGUUGUAAAGCAGAUAAUAAACAGGUCCAGGUACCUUCGAUAAUAAGGAAUCUAAUGUUGCUUGUGAAUGACUCUAUAUUAACGUGAUAGCAUUAAAGAGCUCGCUUUGCAUAAAUUCCGGCUUCAGCUUCGUUGAUUGUGAGCGAGAAAUCGUCCUUGCUUGACUGAAAAAUUGAGCAUCUUUGUGUGACCGAACAAUAGAGAAAGAUGCAAAUAAAAUAAAUACUAAAUU